GAUUUCAGUUGAAAGGUGUGUUUUUGUGAGUGGAGCACCGCAGAAGAACUGAAGACUGUUGUGUGCUCUGUGUGCUCCCUGCAGGAGGGGCUGCCAUGAUCCUUUCCUCUUAUAACACCAUCCAGUCGGUUUUCUGUUGCUGCUGUUGCUGUUCAGUGCAGAAGCGACAAGUGAGAACACAGAUAAGCUUGAGCACAGAUGAAGAGCUUCCAGAAAAAUACACCCAGCGACGCAGGCCGUGGCUCAGCCAACUGCCAAAUGAGAAGCGAUCCAACAGGGGCCGUGUGCAACCGUCGAAGCGAAAGCCACUGCCUCCUCUCCCACCCUCUGAGUUUGCUGAAGACCAAAUUCAAGUCAAGGCACUUUAUGAUUUUCUGCCCAGAGAACCCUGUAAUUUAGCCUUAAGGAGAUCAGAAGAAUACCUGAUACUGGAGAAAUAUAAUCCUCACUGGUGGAAGGCAAGAGACCGUUUGGGGAAUGAAGGCUUAAUCCCAAGCAACUAUGUGACUGAAAACAAAAUAACUAAUUUAGAAAUAUAUGAGUGGUACCAUAGAAACAUUACCAGAAAUCAGGCAGAACGUCUAUUGAGACAAGAGUCUAAAGAAGGUGCAUUUAUCGUCAGAGAUUCAAGACAUUUAGGAUCCUACACAAUUUCUGUAUUUAUAGGAGCUAGAAGAAGUACAGAGGCUACCAUAAAACAUUAUCAGAUAAAAAAGAAUGACUCAGGACAGUGGUAUGUGGCUGAAAGGCACCUCUUUCAAUCAAUCCCCGAGUUAAUCUGGUAUCACCAGCACAAUGCAGCGGGUCUCAUGACACGUCUCCGAUAUCCAGUUGGGCUGAUGGGCAGUUGUUUACCAGCCACUGCUGGGUUUAGCUACGAAAAGUGGGAGAUAGAUCCGUCUGAGUUGGCUUUUAUAAAGGAGAUUGGAAGUGGUCAGUUUGGAGUGGUCCAUUUAGGUGAAUGGCGGUCACAUAUCCAGGUAGCUAUCAAGGCCAUCAAUGAAGGCUCCAUGUCUGAAGAGGAUUUCAUUGAAGAGGCCAAAGUGAUGAUGACAUUAUCUCAUUCAAAGCUAGUGCAACUUUAUGGGGUCUGUAUACAGCGGAAGCCCCUUUACAUUGUGACAGAGUUCAUGGAAAAUGGCUGCCUGCUUAACUAUCUCAGGGAGAGAAAAGGAAAGCUUAGGAAGGAAAUGCUACUGAGUGUAUGUGAGGAUAUAUGUGAAGGAAUGGAAUAUUUGGAGAGAAACGGCUAUAUUCAUAGGGAUUUGGCGGCAAGAAAUUGUUUGGUCAGUUCAACAUGCGUAGUAAAAAUUUCGGACUUUGGAAUGACGAGGUACGUUUUGGAUGAUGAGUAUAUCAGUUCUUUUGGAGCCAAGUUCCCUAUCAAGUGGUCCCCUCCUGAGGUUUUUCUUUUCAAUAAGUACAGCAGUAAAUCUGAUGUCUGGUCAUUUGGAGUUUUAAUGUGGGAAGUUUUUACAGAAGGAAAAAUGCCUUUUGAAAAUAAGUCAAAUUUGCAAGUUGUGGAGGCUAUUUCUGAAGGCUUCAGGCUGUAUCGCCCUCACCUGGCCCCAAUGUCCAUAUACGAAGUCAUGUACAGCUGCUGGCAUGAGAAACCCAAAGGCCGCCCUACAUUUGCCGACCUGCUGCGGGCACUCACAGAGAUUGCAGAAACCUGGUGACCUGAAAUGGAAUGCCAACCCAAAGAAUCAUCUUGCAAAACUGUCACUUAUUGUGAAUAUCUUCACCAUAUGGUGACACUUAUGGUGAAUAUUUUCCCUUAGAGUUGCUGACUCUUGAAAACAAUGCAAAGAUCACAGGCUUUUAAAACUUAAAAAAUUUUAAGACAUUCAGACAAUCUAUGUUUUUCUAUGUGUGAGAUGGACUUGUACACUCUUAUUUUUCUGUAAAAUAUUUCACAUCUCAAAUGUGAAGAAGUGAAAAAGGCUUCACAGCAGUCUUCAUAGUGACUGCUCCUCAUGAUCAUAGUCCCAGGAAUCCUUAAGGGUAGAUGAAAAUCUGACCUUUCACAAGGCUUAGAAUGUUUCCUUCUUGAAGAUGAAUGACAUUCAUCACUUCAGUGAUCCAUGCAUAGAAGAUGAAAAUAAAUUCCGCCAACUCAUGGGAUAAAGGGGCCUCCCUUGCAGAAUUUCAUGCUUUUGGGCUGUAUAGAUCUUUGCAGAAAAUGCACCUUUGUAAACCAUAUGAAUGUUAGCAUCUGGAAAUGUCUUUUGUUAAUAUAAUCUUCCUAUAUGUUAUUUAUCAAAUUGUUUUUGCACAUGUCUGAUUAUACUGAAGGCAGUUUUUUUGCAUGUGAGUUUUAAACACUGUUAUACAACGUAAUCGAAGCUCAUCUUUGAACAGAUCCUGGUGACAUUCUAUUUCCAGGUAAAUCCAGAACCUGAUUUAAAUUCUGUGAGUUUAUACUUUUUGCGUGUGAGAUUGGACAGUUUCAGAGGCCUUAUUUUGUCAUAGUAAGUGCCUUUGUAAUUUUCAGGAAGGCUUGUUCUUUCCAGAAGAGGAGACAAAAGCAAGAUAACCGAAAGUGACAUCAAGCUCCAUUGUUUCGGAAAUCCAGGAUUUUGAAUCUGAGACAAAACAACCAGCAAUUACAGUUAAAUCUAAACUUUGCCUGCACUCUUUGUAGGAAUGACCAGAAAUUGAUCUUCAUUGUUCUGAGUGCUUCAGGAGUACCAUAGGAGGAAACAUACUGGAGAAAGCACAAGUGUAAUUACCAUGAAGUCUAACAAUAGGAGCCCACUAUUUGCACACUUUCCCACCUGUAUCAUGGUUCUGUGGGAACAAGUUUAUGAUCCUCAUUAGAGUUUAAGUUGUUGAUUGUCAGUAGUUGUGACUUUUAAAUUGUAUUUCCCCCACUCAAAGAAUGGUAUCUUUAUAUAUCAAUGACACUCAGUAAAUGUGUAUUAUUUCUAAUGAGAA